UGGAACCACUGCUUACCAAGAAAGCUCAAAACUUGAAGGAAGGCCACCAUAUUGCACACUCUCACACAAAACUAAUGAUCAGUUACAAAGUUCGUUCAAGGACAAUGAUGUACUGGAGCAUGCUAUUGACAAAAAAGCGAAAAUACCCAAAUUUGUGCUAGAAGAAAGGCCGUUCUAUUUAGCUUGCCCAAAAUGCUUCAAGGAAAUGAGGAAAAAGCCACAAAGCCAACUACUAAUCUGCACAGAACAUGAUAUGCAACAACCUCUUUACUGGUUUGCUGAGCCACCACCUGCGCUCUAUCUGCCUUUUUGCCUCUAUUCCACUGCUUCAUAUUUGGUCGACACAGAGAGAGAUAGACCAAAGGAUACGGGGGGAAGAAGGGAGAGAAGAAGAGGCCCUCCCUUCAAAAGAGAAGACAAGAAGAAGAAGCAGCAAAGAGUCGUCAGGUUGGCGUCAACUCAAAACUUUGAAGAUGAAGGAGAAGAUAAUGUUGACUGGGAAGAAGCUCCAGUUGCAGGAUUUUUCCCCUACUCAUUUGACAAGGCCUCCUUUCUAAUCCAUACCCCAGAAACAUUGGUAUCAGGUGUUCCCAGCGUAUUGCGUCGGGUGGUUCCGAUACCUCUGCAUGUUUCCUCCAGAGAAGGAAAACGAGAAGGAGAACUUACUGCUUUGAUCUGCACAAAAUGACAAAAAGAAGAGAGAGAGGGGUAGAGAGAAGGAGUGAUAGAACAAGUGCACCCACCAAGAGGAAGAAAGAAGAAGAAUGCACUGCAUUCAGGAGAUUCAAAUUCGUAUCAUUGAGCACCAAACUGAAGCGGGUUUUCUUUUACCCACUUUUCAUAGUCCAAUGGCUGCUAACAACUUUCCAGUGGGUUUGGAUAAGGAACAGAGAAGGAGAUGGAAUACAGGGUUGAAUUGUUCAACAAGUAAGUUUUCUGCUUGGUAUUUUAGUUGAUGUCACAAACGAGUAAUGGGGUUUUUGCAAGGUAGUAUUUGAAUCACUUCGGGUGCUUCUUUGUCAUGUCACAAAUCAGUGCUGGUUAUGUAAAUAUUUGUACAAAGAAUGUAUAAAGCUUAGUAAGCAAACAACCCCGCGGCAUCGCGCGGGAGAGAUUAUCUAGUGAAUUCUAUUUCCCAACUUUGUAUAAACUCUUGGUUUCACGGCCUGUAUUGUGUUGCCUUACUGGUGAUGUCUCUUACUCUCUUUGUAUGGGCCGUAUGGCUUUAAAACUGGGAGACAUCCGGCAUGAUAUUUGUCGGUUGAUAUGGUUAUAAUUUUGAGAAAAUUAG